AAUUGAAGCGCUCACAAUCAGAUUUCUAUUGAGUGCUGAACGAAAAAUUUCGUAACUGCGUGUACAUGCCACUUGAAGAGAGUAAAAUUGUACCGACAAAUACACACACAACACUGCCGGCGAGCAUAUCUCAUUAGAAGAGCGAAGGAGGUUAUUGCGUACCAAACAAUUCUUAAUUGCGAGCUCUACAAAAGAGGCAAGACUGCGCGGAGCCAGGCGGAGCCAGCGACGAGCCCUCGCACCCCCCACUUGCGACGAGCGUUUGUAUUAAGUGGAGGGCUGCGUGCACGCGCUCCGCCAGACGUGCUCUGUAGCCGACUCAGCGAACACCGGACAGUCCCCUCGGUCACCUCACCCGUAGCUACAACAGCAUCAUGAAGAAGCCAGCGCUCCUCGACUGGAUCCGCCCGCACUGGCGCUCCAUUAUCGUCGUGCUGGCGCCGCUGCUGCUGAUGCCCUUGCCAAUCAUCUCGCCGACAAAGGAAGCUCGAUGUGGCUAUGUGGUCCUGAUGAUGGCAAUCUUCUGGAUGACCGAGGCGCUUCCUUUAGCAGUGACUUCUCUCUUCCCCGUCGUUUUCUUCCCUCUGUUCGGUGUCCUGUCCACGGAGGCAGUGUGCAUCCAAUACUUGAAGGAAACCAACAUGAUGUUCAUCGGAGGACUGGUGGUGGCUAUCGCCAUCGAGCACUGCAACCUUCACAAACGCAUCGCCCUGAAAGUGCUCCUCCUGGUUGGCACCAGUCCAAGAUUACUGAUGUUGGGUUUUAUGCUGAACACCAUGUUUUUGUCCAUGUGGAUUUCAAAUACAGCGUGCACAGCUAUGAUGGUGCCCAUUCUUCAGGCUGUCUUGAAUGAACUGAAAGAUAGCAAAAUGAUGGCUUUGCGACGGAACAGCUCGUUGAGAAUUUCUACCGUUUCAUCACCGCGCGAGACAGUUUCCGAAAACCAAGAGAUCACCAAAAAUGGAAAUGUAGAUGCCACGAUUAUUCACUUCCAGGACACCAUUCCAACGCAGGAUGUAGUGGCCAUCAAGCAGGUCGAAGAAAAAUUACAGCAAGAGAUUGAUGAAAAGUACUACAGAGACACGAUCUGCUACUACUUGGCUAUCGCUUAUGCCGCAAAUAUCGGCGGCACUGGAACUAUCACUGGCACAGGCACCAAUCUCACUUUCUUGGGCAUUUUUAACAGCGUGUUUCCAAACGCAACUGGUUUGAAUUUCGCCACUUGGAUGAUUUUCAACGUCCCCAUGAUGCUGCUUAACAUCCUCAUGGCGUGGAUUUGGCUACAAGUCAUGUACAUGGGACUUUGCAGGAAAAAUAACUCGUCGAAUCCGGACAACUCUAAAUCUGUGCGCCAAUUGAUCGCAUCCAAGUACAAAGAACUGGGACCGAUGAGCUACCACGAGGCCAACGUGCUGGCCCUCUUCAUCUUGCUUAUCCUGCUUUGGUUCUUCCGAAAACCCGACUUCAUUCCUGGCUGGGCCUCUCUAUUCCCUUCAGUUAAAAUUGACGACUCGACCCCCGCGAUCCUGGUAGUAAUCAUCAUGUUCAUCCUGCCCUCUAAACUGGACUUCUUCAAAUACUUCCUCGACAAGGACGAGAAAAACAAAGCCAUCAGCCAAAAAAGAAGGGCUGCGCCGUCGUUGAUCGACUGGCCCACCGUCCAAAGGAAACUGCCCUGGGGGCUGGUCCUGAUGCUGGGUGGCGGCUUCGCUAUGGCUCAAGCAGUCAAGGAGAGCGGCCUGUCUUCCUGGAUUGGCCAACAGCUGGUCGGUCUCUCGAUCCUGCCUCUGUGGCUCGUAGUCACCAUCAUUUGCCUGAUCGCCACUUUUGCCACCGAAGUCUCUUCGAACACCGCGAUCGCCAACAUUCUUUUACCAGUCCUUGCCGAGAUGUCAAAGGUUGUGAGGCAGCACCCCCUGUACCUGAUGAUGCCAGCCACCCUGUGCUGUUCGUACUCGUUUAUGUUGCCUGUCGCCACACCACCUAACGCUAUUGUGGCUGAAGCCUCCAAGAUGAAGACAAUCGACAUGAUCAAAUCUGGCGUGGUGAUGAAUUUCCUAACUGUUGGUGCACUCGUGGUUAUGUUCAACACCCUAGGAGUGAUUGUCUACGACCUUAAAGAUUUCCCCUCGUGGGCUGAGCCUGGUAUAAUCGCAAACACCACAUCAGUGUCGAAAAUGAUUUUGGCCCCAUCUUUCAACCACAGUUCUGCGCUGAGUUUGUAAUUCCUUGACGUGGAACUUGACAAGCAUCUCCAUAUUUCUCCAUCAUCAUUUGAGUCACACUCCUACGUGUAUUUUUUCGAUGAUUCAUUCAAGAUACCAUAAUUUAUGAUUUUAGCAUCGCUACCACAGAUAAAAAUCUCAUCUUUCAUCAAACGAAAUAAUAAGUUAAGCCCUAUAGUGUUAAGUUAUUGUAGUAACUAGCCCAUUAGGCUGAUAACGAUUGUGUAUCAGAGUUUAAGCUUGAUUACCAAAGUGAAGCUGUGAUGUUAAAAGUAGAAAUAUUUUCAAUGAAAACAAAUGUAAACAAACUUAAAAUUUGGCCUUAAGGUUUGAAGAUGUUCAUUUGAUAUAAAUAUAGUACAAAAUUGAACGACAGACACCAAAUUUGAUGGAAUAACUAUUUUUAUUAAUGAAUGUAUAUGCUCUGCAUAGCAAAUGUAAAACAACUUAAUUUGAGAAUAAAUUUUUAAAUCUGAAA